AUGCUGGUUACCUAUUUGGAAGCCAGCCGGGACCUUUGCGAGACAGACUCAAUUCUUUUUGGCGCCGCACUGGCAGUCUGCCGUAUUAUAGGUGCCAAACUUUCCAGGGCUGGACGCGCUACUGGACAAAGUAGUGCUAUCCCAGCCUGGAGAAUAAGAAUUGAAGAACGUAUCGCAAAGGCUAGGGCCCUCAUCGGCAGACUGAUAUGCUUCAGGUCAGGCAAUACCAGGCCAAGGAUUGUGCGCACCGUCAGGAUGGCGUUUGCUGGGACAAAUGUUAGUUUGUCCCAGCCGGAUAUAAUGCAAAAACUGACGGAGCGCAUAGACGACCUGAAGCAAAGAAUAGCUGCUUGGGGAAAGCGGAUUCGGCGAUAUACCGAGAGGUCGACACGGUUCAACCAGAAUCGUCUCUUCCAGAGUGAUCAGAAGAGGCUCUAUAAAUCAUUGGAGCGACCAAUAGUAAGUGGAACGGGCCCAGCACCAAAUCAGGCCGACACGGUCGCAAUCUGGCGCAGCCUGUGGUCAGAGCCCGUAAACCACAGCGAGGGCCCUUGGACGGAAGUUGUGGCGAGUCAGUGUGCGAGUAUUACGCCCAUGGACCCCGUCAUCAUAACGCCGGAUGACGUAGCUGAGGCGGUCCGUAGGGCCCCGAACUGGAAAAGUCCGGGGCUUGACGGGCUGCAUCACUACUGGCUGAAGGGGUUCAUGGUGUGUCACUCUGUGCUCGCCCGACAGUUUCAAGAGGCUCUCAACCAGAAGUCGCUCCCAAGCAAGGAGGUACAAAAGUGA